UGAAGUAAAUGAACUAAAAUUAAUUGUAGAUAAAUUCUCCAUUAGUUCACAAAAUUUGCAUAUGUUAAUGGACAAACAAAAUAUAACAUCUAAAGCUAACUAUAACUCCUUUGCAAAACUAAAGUCUUCAAAAAUUUCAAUUGGCAAAUAUCAUUUUGAUAGAAAUUUAUUACAUGCUUUAAAUGCAACAAAGCUGGAUAUAAAUCAUUUGAUUAUGGGGCUAAUAUAUAUAAGAAUAAAAGAAUCAAGCAAAUUUGGAUUCUAAAAAGAAUCAUUGAUACUAACCUCAAAGGAUCCAAGUUAGCUUGGGUACCAAAAUAUACUUGAUCUUUGUGAGUGCAGAUGUGCUUGACAUCUCUCUAAUCUAAAAGAGAAUGGUAUUUUAAUUGUGGAUGCUCCAGGCACAAAAUAGAAGAUGGAGGAGUUAAAGCUCUUGGAGACAAGUUGGUUUUGAGGUCUUUGCCAAAGGCUUAGAAAGCAAAAGUAACAGCAAUCCAAAAAGCCAAGGACCUAAGCAAGCUUGCUUUGGAAGAGUUAAUUGGAUCGCUCAUGACACAUGAGCUCAAUAUGAACCAAAGCAUGGGGGAGGAAAAGAUGAAGAAGAGAACCUUACAUUCAAAUCAUCGGUCGUUGAAGAAAGUUCAAGUGAUUCUACAGAGGAUUCUGAAGAUGACGAAGAAAUGGCGAUGAUUACAAAAAUAUUCAUGAGAUUUAUGAGAAAGAAGAAAAAUUUUGAACCAAGAAGAGGAAAAGGGGAAAAAAUCAACUUAGAAAAUAUAGAAAGGACUAUCCCCUACUGAAAAAGAGCUCAAAGAAAUUAAGAAGUAAAGCUAUAUUGGUUGAUUGGAGUAGUAGUGAGAGCUCAAAUUCACAAGAAGAGUCAUCCUCAUGUGAAGAAGAGACAAACUUAUGUUUGAUGGCUCAUAAUGAAGAGGUAAUCUCAAUUCAAGCCAAUAAUUUUACUUUUGAUGAAUUACAUGAUGCAUUCUAUGAAUUAUUUAAUGAUUUUAAAAGACUAUCUAAAAGAAACAAAGAGCUAAAGAAAGAAAAUCAAAAUUUGAUAAAGAUAAAGGUAGAUUAGAAAAAGAUAAGAAAGAAUUGCAAACUAAAUAAGAUGACUUAAUUAAACAAAAUGAAAGACUACAAAAAGAAAUAGAUAGAUUAAAACCCAUAGUAGAUGAAAAGAAUGAAUUACUAUUUAAACAUAAAGAUUUGUUAGAAAAGAAUGAAACUUUGAAAAGUAAAGUAAAUGAACUAAAAUUAAUUAUAGAUAAAUUCUCCAUUAGUUCACAAAAUUUGCGUAUGUCAAUCGACAAAUAAAAUAUAACAUCUAAAGCUAACUAUAAUUUCUUUGCAAAACUAAAGUCUUCAAAAAUUUCAAUUGACAAAUAUCAUUUUGAUAAGAAAUUUAUUACAUGCUUUAAAUGCAACAAAGCUGGACAUAAAUCUUUUGAUUGUUGGGCUAAUACAUAUAAGAAUAAAAGAAUCAAGCAAAUUCGGGUUCCAAAAUGAACCGUUGAUAUGAACCUCAAAGGAUCCAAGUUAGGUUGGGUACCAAAAUACACUUGAUCUUUGUGAGUGCAGGUGUGCUCCUCUAAUCUAAAAACAGAAUGGUACCUUAAUUGUGGAUGCUCAAGGUACAAAAUAGAAGAUGGAGGAGUUAAAACUCUUGGAGAUAAGUUGGUAAAUUGAUAACUACUCCUACCAUUCAAUUAGAAAGUAUGUUAGCCAAGUACAUGUCAAAUGAUUCAAUAUUUUAUUUUGUUGAUUUUGAUGAUGUUAUUUUUGAUUAAUUAUUAUAAUUGAGCAUUAUGAUUGAUUUUGAUUGAAGAUAUAUUGAAUAAAACUGAUUUAUGUAUUAGAGUUUGAGAACAAUUUGAGACAAUGAUAUAUUUGUGUUUGAUAAGCUAAAUUUUUUGAAGAAAUAUUUUUCAAACUCAAUUGGUAUCUUGAAUUAUGGUAAAUACUUAUAAUGACAACAAGGGGGAGAAAAUUUGGUAAAUGGAGAAAAUGAAUUUGACAUAUCAAAUUACAUCAAAAUCUUGUCAUGAUGUGAUAUUUUUCAUAAUGUGAUAUAAAUUUGGAUACGAGAUACAAAAUUCAGUAAGGAUAAAAAUUAAUUUAACUAUAUUAAGAGGAAGCAAGGAAUGAAACUAAGAAAUUUGGUAUAUAGUAAGGGGAAGCAAAUUGUAAAUAAAAAUUGAAUUUAAUUGAUUAUAAUAUUAAGGGGGAAAGCAUUUGACAUUUGAUUUCCAGAAAAUUUUUGAAAAUGAAAGAAAUAUCUUAAGCAUAUUUUGAAUUAAAUGACAAGUUUUCCAAAGAAAGGUGAUUCAUUGAUUUUUUGAAAUUAAUACAUCUCUUAUUUUGAUAUAUGUCUCAAUGAUUGAAUUGACUUUGAUGAUAUUUUUUGAACUUUUCCUUGAUCUUUUUGAUGAUGUCAAAAAGGAGGAGAGAGAUGUUGAGUAUAUGCUUGAGCUUAAUUAGAAUGAAGUAUACUUUUAUUGUUUAGUAGUUUCAUGCUUGACAAAUAUGUAAUUCUUUAGAAACCCACUAUAUAUUAUUUUGCAUAUACUCAAAAAUUUUAUCAUCAUCAAAAAGGGAGAGAUUGUUAACCUAAAGAUUGAUUUUGAUGAUGACAAAAAAUUUUGAGUAUAAGUUAUAAAGUCUAAUUUUGUUUACGAGAAUGUGUAGUUUAAAUUCAAAAAGUUUUAAUGAAGAUUAAAUCAAGUUUUGGAGGCAAGUCUAGUCUAGAAAUUAAUUUGAAGAAGAAAGGCUGUUAAAGGAUCCUUGGCAUGCUUGGCGCGCAAACUGAGUCGAUCUAGUGAAAAUUGAGCCCACCCAAUCUCAGUGAAGGAAAAAAAUAGAACGGCUGAAUUUGAAAGUCAAGAGACUUAGUCGAUCCAGAAUUCAAGUUAGUCGAUCAAGGCAGGAUCUUAGUCAACUCAAUCAGAAAGUUAGUCGACCCAAUCUCAGAAGACAGAAGUUAUAGAAAGUCAGUUUUUCAGUCACUUGAUACUUAGUCGACUAAGAGGAUUUUAAGUCGACCCAAUCAGAGAUUUAGUCGACUAAAAAAAAAGUUAGUCGACUAAGUGGACUGUAACGGCUAGUUUUUGAAAACUUCAGCUUUUUGUCCCAAACGUCUUCCAAUGGCUAGUUUGUCAUCUCCAACAGCUAGAAUUUUUUCUCCGGCCAUUCUCAAGUGUAUUUAAAGGUGGAAAAUCAAUUAGAAAAGGGGGGAAGUGGAUUUACAAAGAAAAAUCUUCAAAUUUGUGAGAAAUAUUGAAUAUUCAAGAGAAAAGAGAAAAAAGAAAAGAGAAAAGAGAGGGUUUUGAGAAUAAAUUUCAGUAGGCUUUUAAGAGCAAACUUCUCCAGCAUCUCAAGCAUCCUCUCCAGCAUCAAAGAAGAAAAAGUUUAUGCUUCAAAGAUCAACCUUGCAACAUCUUCAUCAAGUUUGAAGAGUUUUCUUUUGUCUUUAUAAUUGUGUUGAAAUUGUAUACCUUAUAUUUUGUUUUUCUUUCAAGUUUCUUUGAGGGAAAAAAACUUGGGGUGAAGGUUGGUCCAAGCUUAAAGUUGGAUGUUGUAUUGAUUGUGGUUGGUGAGUCAAGGUUAAUACCAACUAGGUUGAUAAGUAAGUUCGAAAAAUUAUUGGUGUAGGGCUGUGGUUGGUGAGCUCGGAAAAACGAACUUGGUUGUUUGUGAGUCUGAAAAAACAAACACACUGUAGUCAAGGGAUUAUAGUAGAAUUCUCAAGGAGAGCUUGGGGAGUGGACGUAGGAGCGGAUUGCUACGAACUGCUAUAAAUUUUGUGUAUUUGUAUUGUGCUUUUCUUGUUUGCUUUGCUUAACUCUUAAUUUCUAUUUGUUUUAUUUUAAUACUUGCUUAGCUUAGUUUUUAUUUCGUUGUUAAUUAUUGUUCUCUUCAUACAAUCAUUCUAAUUAGAAGCACAUAUUUGCUUAGAGCUCAAAUUUGAUUAAAAUUUUAAAAAAUACCCAAUUCACCCCUUAUUGAGUAGCCAUACCUGGGCAAUAAUUGAUAUUAAAGUAGGUGCUUUGAUUUUCUAGAGUUAAAGAUCUUAUGGCUGAUCCAUUUGAUUGUUUGUUGGGUGAAGGACACUCAACUAUUAGACCUCCUUUUUUUCAAUGGCACUAAUUAUGCUUAUUGAAAAAAUAGGAUAAAAAUUUUUAUUCAAGCAUAAGACUAUGAUAUGUGGAGUAUCAUAUUUAAUAAUCCUCACAUAUCCACAAUGAUUGUCAAUAAUAUAUGUGUGCCUUAAUCCGAAAAAGAUUGGAAUGUAAGUGACAAAAGGAUGGCUCAAUUAAAUGCUAAAGCCAUCAAUGUUCUUUAUUGUUCUUUAAAUGUGCAUAAGUUUAAUAGAAUAUCAACUUGCAUAUCAGCUAAAGAGAUUUGGGAUAAAUUAGAUGUAACUCAUGAGGGAACAAGCCAAGUUAAGGAAUCUAAAAUUAAUUUGCUUGCUCACAAAUAUGAAAUAUUUAAAAUAGAACCACAUGAGUCUAUUUCUGAUAUGUUCACAAGAUUUACGAAUAUUAUUAAUGUUUCGAAUGGUCUUGGCAAAACCUAUACUAAUCAUGAACUUGUGUGCAAGGUUUUGAGAUCUUUACCAAAGGCUUGGGAAGCAAAAGUAACAACAAUCCAAGAAGCCAAGGACCUCAGCAAGCUUGCUUUGGAAGAGUUAAUCGGAUCGCUCAUGACAUAUGAGCUCAAUAUGAACCAAAACAUAGAGGAGGAAAAGAUGAAGAAGAGAACUCUUGCAUUCAAAUCAUCGGCCAUUGAAGAAAAUUCAAGUGAUUCUGUCGAGGAUUUGGAAGAUGAUGAAGAAAUGGCGGUGAUUACAAAAAGGUUCAUGAGAUUCAUGAGAAAGAAGAAAAAAUUUGAACCAAGAAGAGGAAAAGGGAAAAAAAAUCAACUUAGAAAAUAUAGAAACGAUUACCCCCUACUGAAAAAGAGCUCAAAGAAAUUGAGAAAGAAAGUUAUAUUGACUGAUUGGAGUAGUAGUGAGAACUCAAAUUCACAAGAAGAGUCAUCCUCUUGUGAAGAAGAGACAAACUUAUGUUUGAUGGCUCAUAAUGAAGAGGUAAUCUCAAUUCAAUCCAAUGAUUUUACUUUUGAUGAAUUACAUGAUGCAUUCUAUGAAUUAUUUAAUGAUUUUAAAAGGCUAUCUAAAAGAAAUAAAGAGCUAAAGAAAGAAAAUCAAAAUUUGAGUAAAGAUAAAGAUAGAUUCGAAGAAGAUAAGAAAGAAUUGCAAACUAAAUAAGAUGACUUAAUUAAACAAAAUGAAAGUCUACAAAAAGAAAUAGAUAGAUUAAAACCCAUAGUAGAUGAAAAGAAUGAAUUACUAUUUAAACAUAAAGAUUUGUUAGAAAAGAAUGAAAUGUUAAAAAAUGAAGUAAAUGAACUAAAAUUAAUUAUAGAUAAAUUCUCCAUUAGUUCACAAAAUUUGCAUAUGUCAAUGGACAAACAAAAUAUAACAUCUAAAGCUAAUUAUAACUCCUUUGCAAAAUUAAAGUCUGCAAAAAUUUCAAUUGACAAAUAUCAUUUUGAUAAAAAAUUUAUUACAUGUUUUAAAUGCCACGAAGCUGGACAUAAAUAAUUUGAUUGUUGGGCUAAUACAUAUAAGAAUUAAAGAAUCAAGCAAAUUUGAGUUCCAAAAGGAACCAUUGAUACUAACCUCAAAGGACCCAAGUUAGCUUGGAUAUCAAAAUACACUUGAUCUUUAUGAGUGCAGGUGUGCUUGACAUCCCUCUAAUCCAAAAGAGAAUGGUACCUUAAUUGUGGAUGCUCAAGGCACAAAAUGGAAGAUGGAGGAGUUAAAACUCUUGGAGACAAGUUGGUAAAUUGAUAACUACUACCAUUCAAAUAGAAAGUAUAUUAGCCAAGUGCAUGUCAAAUGAUUCAAUAUUUUAUCUUGUUGAUUUUGAUGAUGUUAUUUUUGAUUGAUUAUUAUAAUUGAGCAUUAUGAUUGAUUUUGAUUGAAGAUAUAUUGAACAAAAUUGAUUUAUGUAUUAGAGUUUGAGAAUAAUUCGAAACAUUAAUAUAUUUGUGUUUGAUAAGCUAAAUUUCUUGAAGAAAUAUUUUUUCAAAUCCAAUUGGUAUCUUGAAUUAUAGUAAAUACUUAUAAUGACGAUAAGGAGAAGAAAAUUUGAUAAAUAGAAAAAAUGAAUUUGACAUAUCAAAUUAUAUCAAAAUCUUGUCAUAAUGUGAUAUAAAUUUAGAUUUGAGACACAAAAUUCAAUAAGGAUAAGAAUUAAUUUAACUGUAUCAAAAGUAAGGAAUGAAACUAAGAAAUUUGGCAUACAGUAAGGGGGAGCAAAUUGUGAAUAAAAAUUAAAUUUAAUUGAUUAUAAUAUUAAGGGGGAGAGCAUAUGACAUUUGAGUUCAAAAAAAUUUCUGAAAAUGAAAGAAAUAUCUCAAGCAUAUUUUGAAUCAAAAGACAAGUUUUUUAAA